AUGCCAUCGCCGGCGCCGCCAAGCAGCCCCGAUGCCGAUGGCGACGCCGCGACCCCGCCGGCGUCGCUGCCGGCCAUCGAGUCGCAGGCGGAACUACCGGACCACCUCGUCGAGGACAUCCUCAUCCGUCUCCCCGCGGCCGUCGACCUCGGCCGCGCAUCCAUGGCGGCCGCCUCCUUCCACCGCACCAUUGCCGGGCACUCCUUCCUCCGCCGAUUCCGCGCCCUCCACCCGCCGCCUCUCCUAGGUAUACUCACCUACAAUUCAGCCCACCACAAAACCCUCUGGCCGUCCUUCCUCCCGGCCCAGCCGCCCCACCCCUCCGCCGCCAUAGCCGCCCUCACCCUCGCCGCCGCCGACUUCUCCUGCUCAUUCCUACCCUCCCGGGAGCUCUGGAGUCACUGUGACUACCGCGACGGCCGCAUCCUCCUCUCCAAGAAGGGCGAUUUCCUGGCCAACGUCGCCGUAUGCGACCCACUGCACCGGCGCUACCUCCUGCUGCCUGCCAUCCCCGACGACCUAGCUGCUCUAUCCAGGCAGAUGGAUGUCACGCACUGUGAACCCUUCCUUGCCCCUGCCGGCGAGGACCAGGGCGGCAAUGGGGACGCUCCCUCGGGCUUCAGAGUCAUGUGCUUGCGCAUGUCCUCAACCAACCUAGUCCUCUUCGUCUUCUCUUGGUCGGGUGCCCGCGCCGGCCAAUGGCACACUGUUACAUUUGAUGGUUGGGGCGCCUUCAUGAACUCAGAAUGGGUCGUGCUGGGUACAUUCCCGGACACUCCGGACACGCGUCGCUAUUAUGCUCAUGGAUGCUUCUAUUGGGAGAUACCUUAUCCCUGCAAGUUGCUCGUGUUCGACACGCGCACGGAGGAGUUCUCUUUUGUCAGCCUCCCAGACCGUCGCCGUCAGAACACCUUUGUGGAGGCAACCGAUGGAAGGCUUGGGAUGUAUAGUCGCCGUGUUAGAGAUCGCCUCUUGGAUGACGGUAUGCGAGCUGAUGAAAAUCACCUCCUCUAUGACAUUUUGCAAGAUAAUGGGGAUGGUACAAAGUGGUGGAAAAGGGAGGAUGUAAUCCAGGUGCCCCGCAAUUAUCGAUACAACAUCAUUGGUGUUGCUGGGGGAUACUUACUUCUACAUGCGUAUCUACACAACCCGGAGUCACCAUACGGUAACAACUUCAACUAUUAUUCAAUAGAUCGUCAGACUUUGAAGAUCGAGCGGUUCCGUGGGUCUAGGCCUGUGUACAUCUCACCGGACACCCAUCUGUACACCGGUUUCCCGCCAUCUUUGUCUCCACCUACUAUUUGAAUUG